CCUCUCUCCCCACCCCGCCCCCCUUCCAUCCCUCGCUUCGCUCUCCCUCUCAAAUCUCCCUCCAAUCUCCCUCAUCUCUUGCGGGCGCUCUCCUUCUCUCUCUCGCACUUAGAGAGACUCAGCUGCCGACCCUCGCUACUUUUUCCCGCCUUCGAUAUUGCCAUCAGCAACUUCCUAACCCUAGCCUUUCUCUUGUCUCAAGAAUCAACUAUUUUUCGCUUAAGAUUUGCAUCACGAGAUGGCAAAUCGUUUACAGCCUGGUCCAGUUGAUAAAUCUGUACUCACGGAUCAGGCGCGCCACAGAUCAACAAUUAUUGAAUCUGGACAGGCUUUGAAACCUAUUAGAUUUGUUGAGCAUGGUCGCAAAUUGAAUAUGUGGAAUGUGGAGCAUGAAGGAGUUCUAGAACUCCUUAAGAGAGCUGGCUUUUAUUACUUAUCCCGCUUAAAGCGGAUACACUUGGAUCAUGCACUACUGAAUGCAUUGAUUGAGAGAUGGCGGAGGGAAACACAGACCUUCCAUCUGCGACAUGGAGAGAUGACUAUAUUAUUGAAAGAUGUGGCUAUACUGACAGGCCUCCUUGUAGAUGGACUUCCAGUCACUGGCAAGACCAGCUAUGACUGGGAGCAGCUUUGCAUGGAAUUAUUAGGUCAAGCCCCUGAUCAGGUAAAGGGUGGAUGUGUCAAAAUUGACUGGCUUUAUCAACAAUUCCAUGCAAUACCAAUUGAUGCAGAGCAAGCUCAGAUUGAGUUUACUGCUCGAGCAUACAUCAUGUAUCAGAUAGGAUGCAGUUUAUUCCCAGACCCUAGUGGGAACCGAGUGCACCUAAAAUAUUUGGCAUUACUUAGAGAUUUUGACAUGUGUGGUCAAAUGGCAUGGGGUGCUGCAGCACUUGCAUAUCUAUAUAGAGAGUUGGGGAAGGCCAGUUUGGUUGGAAAGGCUGAGUGCUGUGGUUUUUUGACACUGCUUCAGAUAUGGGCAUGGGAGCACCUUCAUGUAGGUUGCCCUCUACGCUUAGAGCAUUCACAGGGUGAUGGCAACCUAGAUGACAAACCACUGGGAUCUAGGUGGAAUGUCCCAUUACGAUGCUUUGAGAAUGUUAGAACCUCAGAUAUUAAGUUUUAUCGCAAGGAGCUUGAUACCCAGAUGGAGUCUCAGGUCAUAUGGGAUCCGUAUACACCAGAAUUGAUGGCAAGGGUACCAGCUCAUUGCAUUGCUGGAUCAGAGGUGUGGUGCUCUAGAAUACCUUUGAUCUGUUAUGAGAUUGUGGAGAUGCAUGUUCCAGACCGUGUGUUAAGACAAUUUGGGAUGCUACAACACAUCCCAGAGACUGUGGAGGCUGUGGACCGAUUGACGAGGCAGGGUAGAUCUGAUGAGGAUUGGUCUGUGUAUCAUGAGCAGUAUAUUACGCGAUGGACUGACAGGUUAUCUUCUGUGGUAACAGAACAUGAGUUUGCAGAUCCAGACCCCGUCAAAGUAUUAGAGAGUUACGUGCAAUGGUAUUGGAGCAUUACUCGUCGGUGGAUCUCUACACCUGUUGAUCGUCCAACUAUAUCUGACCAGCCACGAGUGAACAUUGAGAAAGUAUUGGUCGAUCUAGUAAUUGAUGUACGAGAACAAAUAAGAAAGAUGUCAGCCAAUAAGGCAGUGGUUAAGAGUGUCGCUGAGGCUCUUACUCAGAUUGAGAACCGCAUCACCACAGUCCUAGAUACCCUCCCGUUUGAUGUUCCUCUUCCAGCACAACAACAUGAUGAUGUCCACCCUACUGCUUCCCACCGCCGUCCUGCCAUACGACGUCGUAUGCAUCAUCAUAGUCAGCCAUCUGCUUCCACAGAUACUGCCACAGACACAGAGCUUGUGCCAUCUACUACAGCAUCCACUGAGCCUGUGCUACCAAUCUGCGUUGCUGUCGCCACUGAGCUAGCUUCAUCCAGUCCUGUCUCCUCCACUCUGGAGUUGUUGCCAUCAACUUCAACUUCCACUGAGCCUUUGCAGCAGAUCCCCACUCCUGUUGUUGUAGAGCCUGCUUCAUCCUCUCUUGCUCCCCACAAUAUGGAGUUGACUCCAUCCACUCCAACCUGCACUGGUCAUGCACCACCCACCAUCACUUCCAUUGAGCCUAUUUCAUCCAGUCCUGCCCCAGCCCUUCUGGAGAUGGAGCCAUCCAUUUCAACCUCCAUUGAGCAUGCCAUGCUCAUACAUGCUCCUGCCACUGCAGAGACUACUUUGCCUGCUCCUGCGCCAACCAUUAUAGAGCUGGAGCCAUCAGUCUCAGCCUCCGUUGAGCAUGUUGCACCUGCCCUUUCUCUAGCUGCUGCAGAGGCUGCUUCAUCCACUCCUGCCUCUGUCAUUACUGAGACAGCAACUUCCACUCUACACUCUGCCGGGCCUGUGCCACCCAACCCUACUUCUUCUCCAGAGACUUCUUCAUCCACUCCUACCACUGUCAUUAUUGAGCCAGCACCAUCUACUCUGGCCUCAGCUGAGCCUGUGCCACCCGCUCCUGCUCCUGUUGUUAUGGAGCCUGCGUCAUCCCCUUUUGCCCCCGCCGUCACUACUCAACCUAUUUCCACCCCAAUUAUCACAUAUUCUACUUCACCCACUCCUGACCGUGUUAUCAAGGAGCCAGCACCAUCCACACUUGCCACCUCUAUGAUGGACGCAGCACCAUCAGUCCCCGCCCAUAUUGAGGCUCCAAGUGCUUUUUCUAUCCUUACUCAGGCUGUUCAGUCCCUUAUCCAGCAGGAUUCUCAGAAUGGUGAGGCUUCUAUGACUGCUAAAUGCAUGGAGGAGACCCAUGAAGUUAAGGCUAUUAUUGACCCUGUGAAAACAGAGGCUCAUGAAGCUAAUGCUCAUAUAGAGGGAGCGGAGGUGCAAAAGACAAUGGAUGUUAAGGUGCAGGAGGUUACAGAUAUCAAGUUCCAAGAGGCUCAUCAUCACAUGGAGGCCAAUGUGCAAGGAACCAAAGAGGGUCGUGAGGCUAUCCAUGGCCAUGGUCGUGUUAGAAGUUUUGUGAGGAAGAGGAAGAGGAGGGUCUAUCAACAAACCUCUUCUGCCCCAAACUGAAUUCCUGACCUUCGAACGGUUUCAUCUCUUGGAUGCCUCUGGUGGGUUCUUUAGGAACCUCUGGCCCUUUAAUCUGCCCCUCAUCAUUUUGGUCCUCGUCCUCCAGCACCCUGUAUAUUUGCCUCCGAAGUUCUUCAUGAGGAGUCCAGCCACAAUCUUACUGGAGGAUGUCAGGUUUCCUUUGGAAUGCAGGCUAUGUUUAGUGGUUUGAAUUAUUCUUGUAGGCUAAUGAAAAAAAAGUUUAAUGCAAUGGUUGCAUUAAACUUCGGAGGAAGACCACUCAGCCGAAGGAAGACCGUGCCGUUAAUAAUGUUGGUUGCUGAACUACAUAUUCAACUCUGGUGGAGUUAUAUGAUAGAAUUUAAAACUAUAAUAAGUUUAAGAGGUCCACUUAUGUUAUUAAUUUUGUGUAUCCAUAGUGUAUGAACGCUACAAAGGUAGUUGAAGAUCAAAGGUGCACAGAAUGUUGCCUCCUUCUAAGGUAAAUAUGACAAUUCUACUAAUUGUUCAAUUUAUCUUGUAUGGAAUGUGGAUGACUAGCAAUUUACUAGUAAAAAAUAUUUGUGAAGUUUCCAUUGUAGCUACAAUUAAAUCUGGUCUGAGUAUAAUACAUCCAGCUUAAAUUUUUUUAUGAAAAACUUUGGACUGUGGAGUUCAGGAUAAUUGCUAUAAUUAAUGGCAUGCAGUUUGAUCUGUGUUUAUCUGAAGCUCUGCCUACCUAAGCAUGCUUGGCCUUAAAUAGGUCUAGUGACUAUAUAGGAUCCUAUCACUUGCCACAAAUUGAUCAGGUGGCCUUGGAUAGGACCUACACUGAAUUUGAGUCUGCAUGACCAUUGCAAAACUAGUUGAAAUAAGCCUUUUCCAUGUUUACUUUUUCUUUGUUGCUGUAGAUUGAUGCCUGCAGUAGAUAUAUCACUAUUUGGAUUAGCAUGUUACAUGUGCAUACGUAACCAUCGUAUCUGUGAAAUAUAUUCUGCCAGAAAAUUUUAUUGCCUGACAUCUCUUGUUUGUAAAUGAUAUCCUGGUAGCAAGGAAACAGAUUGAUGUCAAUAUGUUGAGAUAAUUCUACAUUUGGACUUCAAGAUGAUUUAGAUAUUAUGUGCUUUGUUGGUAUCACAAUACAAUCAAUUUAGCAGCUUUUCUGUGGGAUCGCCCUCGUGUUCUGAUAUCCUUUCGAUUUGCAUGACUGCUUUCCGAUUAAGGUAUUUCUUGAGUUGUGCACAUGUUUUGUACUUAAUCGAACCUAUUAAUACAAUAUGAACAUUGACUAUAUCAAUGUUUUGAGUCUCAGUACCAGAAUCCGUCAGUAACUUAUUGAUAUCGGUCAGAUCGGUGCAGUGUGCCUCCCUUACCAACAUGUGGUAUGCUGCCGAAGUUGGCACAACAGCUGUACUAUGUGUCGGUCCAGCUGCGUACUGAGUCCUUGUACGUACUGAUGGCAUUCCAGGUCAGUUUGUUACACCUUGAACUGGCCGAUACAAGUUGGUACUUAAAACCAUGGGAUUUAUAUUUUCCAAUUUUGGCAGGUUAGGAUUGAUUUCCUUUUUUCCCACUUCAACCAAUGCAUUUUCAGUGCAUGCCUAUUGUAAAUGCUACCACCUUGCAUGAAUAUGGUAGUUAUGACUUAUGAUUGGAAUCUUUGAAUUGAGAAGUUGAAUUUGACAGUUACGUGCCAGCAGAUUCUCCUAGGAUUAUGUCCAAUUUUUUAGAAGACAAGAUCAAAGAAAGGUUUGGGCUACAUAGAAUAUGAGUAUGAUUUAUAUGCUUGCCUAUUAAAAUUUUUUAGCAGUUGAUUUUGAGACUGACAUGAUCUCCACAAAAAGCAAAGAUCAAAUCACAGAUUUUGUUUAUUGAAGAGCAAGACAACUGGGUAAUCAGAUCAAUUUUUUCUUGUUAUGGCAAAUAUGAUUGCUUGCUUGACUUUUACCUGUUGAUGCCAAACGCACAUAGGAUCUUGCAUCUGCUUGCAGCCCAGCAUCUAGAUGUUUAUAUAUCUUCUUUUGCUUCUAUGAUAUUUUUGAAAUCUCACACAUGCUUCUGUGAGCUUUCCUUUUCUCUCAUCACAAUGUAUCAUCAUGGUACAUUGACAUAUUCAUUCUUCAUAUAGAUAUGAAAAGAAUAAAUACAAUUCAAGUCUUUAUGAUCUGGGCUGGAAAAUGAUUGCUUGCUAAUAGUCCCUUUGAUUUUUUAAAGGAAAACUUUAGUGAUUUACUUGAUUCUUCCCCCUUACAUGUGUAUGUAUGGAAUGGUCUAGUCAGCUGUGGGGCUAAAAAGAGAUUGCUUGCUAAUAGUCUCUUUGAUUUUUUUUUUUAAGGAAAUCUUCAGUGAUUUGCUUGAUUCUUGUCCUUACAGAUUUAGGAUAAUUAAAACAUUAAUUAUAUUAGUGACAACUUAGGGCCUAUUCGGAUAAUCCUGUGGGAUUGGGAAUAGGAUUUCUGAUGCUAAAGUUAGCAAGCCCGGCCCAUAUCGACAUGAAGAUCACAUAGCAAAUAUUCAAUGGACUAGUUCGAGAUUGACCAAGACAGUGAUCUAAUUUCUUCUCGCUAGAUGUCUAAAUUAGACACCAAAGGUACAAUUAAACCAGAAAACUUAACUUCAAAUUCCUGUCCUAUUUUAUUCUAGAAUUUGUAAAUUUUGAAAUUUAAAUAGUUCUUUCUGUUAUCACAGCAUACACAUGUUGGGCACCUAGGCAGCCCCCACCUAGGUGCUUGGGCGACCUGGAUGCUAAGGUUUUGGCUAUUGCAUAGGUGCUUACGCUGACACAUAAAGACUGUUUGGUGCUCUGGCCAGUUUUUAACAUAUAUAUUUAUGACUUAGUAGCUUAAUCAGUAAGUUUGCUUGUAGUUUAAUUUAUGUUAGUCCGCGACUUUUGCUGUAAUAUUAGUGUUGUAUUUUUUUAAUAGUCAACCUGAAAUAGUUGGGAGAAGGUUUCAUUAAGGUUAUAUCUUUCAAUAAGUUUAGAGAAACUAUAAGUGCAUUCUCCUAUUUGAACAAAUGAACUUACCUUAAUCAUGGCAUGUACAAAACUUAAAACAUGUAGCUUCUGUACCUUUAUCAAUGUAUGAUGCUUUUAAUAAGUUUACCUUAUCUGUAUUAAACAUACAUUCAUGUUCUUAAAAUAUCUACGUAUAUGUGAAACUAUAAGUUAUAAUAUACAAAUUUAAAGAAUUAUUAGGUUUAUCUACUUCCAGUUACCCACUUGACAACAUGGCAUCCUGCUCAGGUGGUUUGCCAAUUUAAUGCAUUAUAAUUGCUAUUGUGUGAAAACCUUCUAGUGUUGUUUUAUGGCCACAAGUUGCUGCAGAUGUCAUGUGCUGAAUAAUUAUGUUCGCUGCAUGUGCCAGUAUCCGGUUAUUGUAACCACCAAGCCUAAUCACAACUAUUUGUAUUUAUCUGUUUAAAAAUAUCACAACCUUUGUGGUGUAAUUUUUUCAACUUCCGUUUUCCCCUUUGGUGAGCAAUUGGCCAUAUUAUAAUAGAUAGUUCUCAGAAGCCUCACUUAGGAAUUAGGACACAAGUUGGGGUAAUGUCGAUCUGAGCUGUGGACAUAGCCCCACUUGUAUUGGUUUACAUCCACAUUUGGUGUGACAAGUGGAGGAAUUGCCAUGUCAGAUAUGUAUUCAUGUGUAUACAGCAUUGCUUGUGACUGGGAAGUAGAUGACUUUGUUCUACUAUUGGCAAUUGCAAUCAGUUUCUUCAUGUAAGAUUUGAUGAUUACCAAAGCUUUACAGAUUCAAUGCCAGAUUUGCGUAAUAUACUGACACAGUAGGAAAGGAUGAAAGGGCGAUUUGAUCGUCGAGAUUAAUAACACACAAAUAGAAGCAUACUAGAUUGAAGAAUCCUUCAUUUGGUGAAGGAAAUUCUUCCAAAGAAAUUUUACUAUAGUGUAUUAGACGCAUAUAUAGGACAUGACCUCUAACCCUAAUUCGGGCAUUAAAUUCGGUACAUAAUCAUACUCGACAUAGGAGUCAAAAAUAAGGAAAUAUGUCGGAACUAUUCUACUACAAAUAUAGAAGCCCGACUAAAAUUCGAUAUCCAAUGAAAAAUUUAUAGGAAAUAAAUUAAAUGGUUGCUUGUUAAAGCCUUCGCCCAUGAAUCUGUUGGCUCCUGUGAAGGUUGGCAUGGUCCCGUUGGUCAUAGUACCUAUUGGCUGCAUCUAGUGCUACAUCAUAUAUUGAUUGGAUUAUAAUUAAAAUGGAGCUAAUCUGUUUAUACGAUUUAGUUGUUUGUGAUGAAACGUUGAUUUUCUGCCUCAGAUAUUAAACUGCAUAACUGUAAUGGAAGUUGUGAGAUUAGACCUUUUAAAAUAGUCAUUUACUGAGAAUCAUAGCUGCAUGCUUAAAAAUGCUGGUUGCUGAAUGUUUCAAUUUUGAAAAGGGAGACUAGAUUAAAGUGCAGCUGAAGGGAUUACCUACUGGGUCUCAAUUGAAUGAAAGCUAAACCUUCUCAUGCAUGUUAUUUAUUUUACUGACUUACCAUGAAAUCACGAUACAUACCUAUAUCAUCAUAGCUUUUAAGUUUCUUAUUUUAUUUUUCUGUCAGACCAGUUCUCAUUUUAUUUAUCUCGGACAUUAUAAUGGGGAUCAAGACUCCUUUUGGGAUGAGGGCAUCUUUUGCCAAGAAGUUCAUCCCCAUAACUUUAAGCCAAUGCACUUAUUCUUAUCAAUAUGAAGAAGAGAUGGUGUUGACUUUUGGCUGCCUCCUGUUAACAUAGUUUGAAAGGCACCACUGAGGAUUCAUGUGUUAUUGAUCUGAAACAAGUUAUUGUGAUUGUGCUUUUAAGUUCAUUUUGUAGUUUUCUUUAGACUAGUUGCAAAGAUCCACCAUAUGAGCUAGUCUCUAGAACUGCUGAAAACUUUCAGCAGAUGCAUGUUAAGAAGUUAGAUAAUGUUCCUACAGGAUCUGCAACUUUUGCAUUCUGUCGAACAGUUCUGUUCCCUGGAUUUGUUGAUGUCAGUGAUAAACAAAUGAAGACUGGAAUUUUGAAUUUGAAAGCAGCGUCGCUAUCUGGAACCUUCACAACUGGACAGCAAGGGACAGUUAGCAUGAGGCAUGAUCACGAGUCCUAGGAGCAUGCAGAGUCUUCUGAUGAAGGAACUAAAAAGAUGGAUCUACAGAUGCUCCUCCAGCAAAAUAAUAUUUUGAUGAUGAAUAUGAAAGGGUUAGGUAAGAGGGACACGAGAUCUUCAAAAACUUUCCUAUGUAAUUCUUUUGAGGAGAAUCAAAGUGUAGGGAUGAUGCACCCAAAAAUAGAGAGAAUGGUGGUCAGACAUAAGCAUUUCAUCUCCUCAUAGAAGUGAGUACUAAAACAGCUCUGAAAGUUUUUUAAGUCCAGCAGGUCGCAUUGGAGCUCCCCUGGAGAAAUUUGUUAAGGUGGUGUGCUAGUUCAUGAUUUGAGUUUGGAGAUAGCGCCUAAAGUAUCAGAAAUCUGACCGACAGUAUUGACCUGGUACUCAUAGUGCUAAUGGUACUCUUCAAACAAGAAGAGCUCGCUGAUGGAACCGGCAGGCAGUGCUCGAUAUGGUAUCCAAACUCUGUAGUUCUUAUGGUGUACAACAAAAGGCAGAACCAUCAAUGGAUCAUAAUCUGCAUGGAAGACGAUCAUAAUCGGAUGCAUGCUGCUGGUAUUGCACAGAACAGAAGGCCAAGAUGAGCCAGUCGGUGAGGAGCAGCUGCAUAGAUGAUAAAUGAAGCAUUUGAUUGUUUCAUGAUGCAGCUAAAACUGCGUAUCCCUUUUGCCGCAUAUGCUACCUGGUGAGCUGUAGUCAUCUGGACUAGCUUGGAUUCCUGAAGGACUCUUCUACUGGUUCACUGUGAUCUUGCUUUUGGUUGACAGCCCUCAUUCAGGCAUGCUUUUAUGGUCAGCUUAAAAACUGCGAUUGCACUAUAUGUUUAUUAUCUUUGCAGUUGAAUCAAAGAAGCUGUUAUUACGUACAUGUAACUCAAAGAAGCUGACAUUCUGUGGGAAAAGUUGGCUCUAUUGUUCAGUAGCCUUGAAGGCUGAAGCUGUAGGUUUCUGUUGAACUUAUCUAGAUUUAUACCCCGUUAUGCCUCAGACCAUUUUUCAGCAUAUUUCGAGGCCCUACAUCUUCACUUGUAUCUUGUGCCAAAUGCUUUGAUGCUUUCACAUUCAUCUUGGAAAUUUUGAAACCUCUCUGCCGGCAGAAGGGCCGAGGAGAGAAGGUGCCAAUUGGAACCUCUUCUGUGUGUUGGAUAUUUCUGCUGCAGUCAAUUUGGAUCGGACGAUGCUAAUUUGGUGCUGGUUUCAGUAGCCAUACACUUGACUUGCUAGAAUCUGUAGCAUCUGUGAAGCUUUUUCUCGUAUCUUAAUAUGAAUUAGUUCUGCAGGGGAGAAGAGCCUGCUAUCUAAUGCAGCAUUAUGAAUAAAUGCUUGCCCUAGACUGUAAAUAUGGAGCACAUGAAACAAUAUACAUAAGAGUAAUACAUAGUACACCUACUCUUACUUGAUUUAUGCAACACCAGCCUACAUUUACCCAAGUCGUCACCUUAGCUUUAUGAGUUUGACUACGAAAGGGUGUUGAAUUGGAGGUUUUGUAAAGAACGGUAUUACUAAUACCAACACUAACAAGCAUCGAUCCUAGUUAAGCA